GUCAGCCCUCGUAUUUAUGAUCAACCAUUCUCCGCUCCCUUCGAUUCAACACUCUCCCCAUUUUGCUCCCCACUAGUCCCUACCCUCCCAUCCAUAAUGGUAUCAUCAUCCUCGGAGCCUAAAUACCCACCGGGCACAAGCACGCCGUUUUACCUUGCCCGUUCAGAGAUCUGCGUCGAUUCUACGGGCAAGUGCAUUGGAGAUGGCGUCUUCGCUGGUGGAAACUACGAACCCGGCUCGCAUAUUUUUACUCUCAACAGACCUUUAGUAGGCAGUCUAGACACAGAGCGUUUGAUCGACACAUGUGCGCACUGCUACGUUUGGACUGAGGGGUCGGGUAUCGGGUCCAGGUUGUAUGUUAAAGAAGGCACCAAAGUACAGACUUGUGCUGGGUGUAAGAAGUUUAGGUAUUGUAGUAAGGAUUGCCAGAACGACGCUUGGAAUCAAGGACACAAGCAUGAAUGUAAGAACCUGAGGUCUGUCAAUGACAAGAGCGUUCCGAAAGCUGUUAUAGCUACUAUGGAGAUCCUGACUAGGCGGAAACACGGGCUCAUUACCGACAACGCUUGGGAACUGCUCUGUUGCCUCGAUACGCACAUCGAAGACUUCAAGGCAAAUGGAAAGUAUGGAGGAAUUGAGUUGAUGGCGCUAGGCACAAGCCAAUUAUCGUUCACGCAGGAUACGUUUAGCAAGGAUUUCGUUGCAGGCAUGUACGCUCGGGUUCUCACCAAUUCCUUGACCGUAGUCACACCAACAUUCGACCCAUUAGGUAUCAUGAUUGACCCAUACCUUUGCCAUAUCAACCACUCUUGCGACCCCAAUGCUUUCGUUGUCAUGGAUGGGCCGGAAGUUGCAAUUCGCGCUUUGAGACCCAUCAAGAAGGAUGAAGAAAUAGUUGUCUCCUACAUCGACAUCACUAAUCCCUACUCCCGACGCCAGAGCGAACUCAAAGCACGUUGGUUCUUUACAUGCAAAUGCAGCAAAUGCCAGAAAGGCCCGACUCUCCAAGAAGACAAUUGGACCAUUCAACCUGGCAAUUUGGCCCAGAAAUGGAAAGAGGUUGCAGACAUCAUUGUCCAGAAUGAGAACUUCGCGCAAGACCCGGCGAACUACGUCGGGGAAUCUCCGGAGGAGAGGAGAGUCGCGGCCCUCCAAGGGAAGGCGUUCGCUGGUUAUGAAGACGUGCAACGGAUGACGGAUCCUCACCAGGCUGUAAAAGGUAUCGAAGAUGGGAUGCGGUUAUGCCAUCAAUCAGGACUCUGGCCAGUGUAUCGACAGCCGUAUGCUGCAUUCCGGGAUGACCUGAUUGUCAACAUGCUUACUGUGGGAAACUUCCCAAUUGCCUUUCCUCAGUGCGCGAAACGAUAUAGAUACAUUCUGCCAAAGCUCUAUCCCGAGGUUGCACACCCCAUCCGCGUGGUUCAAACAUGGCAAACGGCAAUGUUGACUUUGUAUCUGGCGAGCCAAGAAGGUACCAUGGGAUUGGCGCAACCCAGCGUGGACUUCUCGUUAAUCGCAUUCAUGCUCAUUAUCGAGGUUAAAAACGUCUCCGCUCAGAGCCAUGGAGAGAAUAGCGCGUUUGCAAAGAGUGUGAAAAAGAAGUAUGAUGAAAUAGUCACUGAUCUGGAGUCAAAGUUGGGUCCUAACGUGGAUGAUUUUGUCGCCCGGGCCAUGCCACGUCAGAGGGAAAUUUUCAUGGAGAUGGCGGACUGGAUGCAGUAUUAAAUACGGUGGGAGGUCUUAUAUCUAAUAUGGAGUCGGAUGUAGUCCCAACGAUAUCAAGGGUAGCCCCAACUAGUAUCGCUAGCAAACUGCCUAAGAAUCAUUUCUAGUGCAGCUUCCGUCCUGUCAGAGUGGAAGCGUCUGUCUCCCCAACAUGUCGGUCUGUAUAGCAGGUACCGCUCGGGUCUGGCGAGAGUGGAUGGAAUGUUGAAAAUGGUCUUU